AUGACAUCGUCUGCUCAUUCUCCACUGACGUUGAGCCGUGUGAGCGACGAAAAUGGAGUGAACCUUAUCCAGCGUGAAGAGAAGAUCCAGGCCUCAGUCCUAUCCAGCUGGUCACCCAGUCAAGGUUUGGAGCGGACAUCUCAUGGUACCAUUGAUUGGGGUAAUCACUCCACCCUCUCCAUCCUGAGCGCCUCUCAGCCAACCAAGUCCAACCAAGAGGUCUUGACCAGACCUGGCCAGGCUCUGGGCUGCUGGUCGGCAGAGUCCACGUGGCUGCUAGUGGAAGAGAAGGCUAGCCCCAGACAUAAGUGUGUCCCAUGCCUUGAGAUAGCUGAGGGUUCUCAGAGUCCCCCUGCUCCGCCUGCAACACCAGUCACUCACCCUGAGAGAAAGACGCCACAGAGCCAACAGGCUGUCAUAGACGUGGCCGCAAGACCCCUAUCUGCUGGCGCACCUCUUUUCAAUUUCAGAGGUAUCCAGUAUGCCCAGGCUAUGCUCUUUGCCAUAGAGGAGAUUAAUAACAGCACAGACCUACUGCCUGCCCUGGCCCAGUUGGUCAAGCACUUUGGUUGGACUUGGGUUGGAGCUAUUAGAACAAAUGAUGAUUACGGCAAUAAUGGUAUGGCCACAUUCACAGAAACCGCCCAGCAGCUGGGCAUUUGUCUGGAAUACUCUGUAUCUUUCUUCAGGACAGAUCCACCAGAAAAAGUACAAAAAAUCAUUGACAUUAUCAAGGCUUCCACUUCUAAGGUGAUUGUCACUUUCCUCUCCCACAUGGAUAUAGACAUACUAAUACAUGAGAUGUCUCUCCACAACUUGACUGGGUACCAGUGGGUAGGCACUGAGGCCUGGAUCUUUGAUUUCCAAACUGCAGCCAUGGAUAGGCAUCACAUUUUGGAUGGUGCCAUAGGCCUGUUCAUCCCAAAAGCACAUGUCAGUGGAAUGAGAGAGUUCAUUUUGGAUGUGAAGUCACUAAAUUCAUCCAGCAAUGAAUUGUUUACAGAGUUUUGGGAGACAUUAUUUAGCUGUAAGUUCAAGCAGUCAAAGUCAUCAGCAGAAAAUCAGAGAGAAUGUACUGGAGAUGAAGAUCUGAUUGGAGUGCAAAACAGCUACACUGAUAUGUCGCUCAUGCCUAUCUUUUACAAUGUCUAUAAAGGAGUGUAUGCUGUGGCCCAUGCACUUCAUAAUAUUCUCAGCUGUAAUAAAACAUGUAACAGGAAGGUGCAGCUAGAUCCAUUUAUGAUUUUACAGCACAUAAAAAAGAUUAAAUUCAAAACAAAGGAAGGAGAUGAGGUUUACUUCAAUGAGUAUGGAGACCCAGCAGCAAAGUAUGAAAUUAUAAACUGGCAGCCAACAGAAAAUGGCAUUGUGGACUUUGUCACAGUUGGUCUUUAUGAUGCAUCUUUACCUGCAGACAAACAGCUGAAUCUGCAAAAUAAGUCUUUAAUUUGGGCACAGAACUCACAACAGGUGCCAGUGUCAGUGUGCAGUGAGAAAUGUCGCCCAGGAACUCGCAAGGUUCUCCAGAAAGGAAAGCCUAUCUGUUGCUAUGAUUGUAUCAGAUGUGCAGAGGGAGAAAUAAGCAACAUUACAGAUUCUAUCACCUGUGUGAGAUGUGACCCUGAGUUCUGGUCAAAUGAGAGAAGAGAUGCCUGUGUAAAUAAGGAGGCAGAGUUUCUAUCAUAUGAAGAGAUUAUGGGAGCACUGCUUACUGCAGCCUCUCUAUUUGGAACAUGUAUGACUGCUGUUGUGGCAUUCAUUUUCUUCAGAUACAGGAAAACCCCUAUUGUCAGAGCCAACAACUCUGAGCUGAGCUUCUUGCUGCUCUUCUCACUGGGGGUUCUCAGGAUCCCCUCUCCGCCUGCAUACCGGCUCCUCAGCCUGAGAGAAAGACACUACCAGAAACAGCUAUUUGCUAUUCUGGCUUCAAGUUUUGGACUGCUCAUUUGUAUUUUUAUUCCAAAAUGUUAUAUUAUCUUAGUGAAACCAGAGAAGAAUACAAAAAGGAAUAUGAUGGGGAAGGGGACACCUAAAUCAUUGUGA